AUGGCCAAUUCAACAAAAUGCUUCAAAAUAAUAAUUUUGCUCAUAAUGAUUACUACAAUUUUUAUCGAACCAAUUUACACGUCUUCAAUUAUAAACGAUCUUAACAAAAGACAAUAUCCUAGUUCACAAGAAUCAAAGGCACCAGAGACCUCACAAGUACAAACAGAAACUAUAAAACCACCAGAUACUUCGGUGUCAUCACAAGUUCCUGAUGCCUCGCCUACUCCAGUAACCCCAGUUCCCCCAGUAACUUCGCAAACUACAAUUACAACAACAACUCCGAUUGACACCAGCACGCCUGUUCCAAAUACUACUAAUCCUUUAACACCUGUGCCAACUACGCCAGUGGAUUCAACUAUACCAUCAUCGCCAAAAACAACUGUGAGUAAUAGUAAUACCACCACUAUAUCAAAUACUGCCAUCACAGGAAACACUACAACAUUAUCGACUACAACAGCAACUCAAGAACCCAUCACAACACCAACUCAAACAGUAAUAACACAAAAUGGAAAAAGUGAAACAAUUACAAAGUUUACAACAACUCUGGCAACUGUGACAGAGACAAUACCUGGCUAUACGACAAUCACAAGUACGACAGGAACAAACGGUGAACUGACAACUUUUGCAACUUAUAUACCACCAAGUACUGUGGUGGUCGUUAAGAAGACAAUUGCGCCAGCUAACCAAGAAUCUCAGAAUAAUAAUAGUAAUUCUUUAAAGCCGACAUUGGAAUAUAACAUUAUUAGUAUUAUUCUUAGUGUUUUAGCAAUAA